AGGUGAGUGUCGGCUCUACAGUUCAUAGGUCAAGUGUUGGCUCUUCUCUCUCUAUCUCUCACUGGUUCGAGCUCUAAAAAGCUUUGUUUUUUGCUUUAGAUCUCUGAGAGUUGUAUUGCAUUGUGGCAUUGUUGAGAAAUUGGAGGAAAGACUCCAUCUUUGAUUCUUUUUUUCAGUUCAUUGUUGUAUUGCAGCUUUAAUGGCUGUGGAUCCAAGGCAGGUGUUGGCCGGGUUCCUGACCAUCUCUAUGUUUGUUUUGCUUGGCAAUAUGAUUAAGCAGGAUCACUUUGAUUCAGUAGAGGACAAUAUCUUGCAUAAUUCAGAUGUUCAGAUUAGUGUGGUAAAGAUUGAACAAGAGGCAGAUGUGCUCCCAAUGGUCAAGGGGCCAUGGGAGGAAAACAGUCAAGAGCUAAAAACAUGCUGGACAAGGCCAAGCCCAAAUGGUGCAGAGGAAUCAAAUGGUUAUAUUACAUUCUCUUUGAAAAGUGGCCCUGAGUACCAUAUGUCCCAGGUUGCAGAUGCUGUUGUUAUCGCAAGGUAUCUCCGCGCCACACUUGUGCUCCCUGACAUCAGAGGAAGUGUACCAGGGCAAAAGAGGAAUUUCCAAGAUAUGUAUGAUGUUGAGAAGUUUUUAAACAGCAUGGAUGGAAUUGUUAAGAUAACUAAGGAAAUUCCUGCCGAAAUAGCAACUGGAAAACCAGCAGUUGUGAGAGUUCCCAACAGAGUUACAGAGGACUUCAUUGUGAAAGAAAUUGAGCCAAUUUUCCAAACUAAAAGCUACUUGAGGCUUGCAACCUCAUUCCCUUCUAUAAAUUUGAGACUGAAUGAUAAACAGAAUGAUGACUUGGAUACGACAACCUGUUUAGCAAUGUUUGGCAGCCUAGAACUAAAAACAGAAAUUCAAGAAGUUGCUGAACAGAUGGUUUUAAGGUUGCAAACACUCAGCCACAAAUCGGAUGGUAAGUUCAUUGCUGUUGACCUGAGGGUUGAUGUCCUCGAGAAGAAAGGCUGCAAGGAAGCCGGGGGCCAGGGAAGGCAAAGUUGUUAUAGUGCACAAGAAGUUGGUGAUUUUCUGAAGAAAAUUGGAUUUGAUGGUGACGCAACCAUAUAUCUCACUCAAACUUGGUGGCAUGAAAGUCUCAAUCCUCUCAAGGACAUGUUCCCAAAAACUUAUACAAAGGAUGACAUAAUGCCUCCAAGCAAGAAAGGUGAAUUCCUCCUGUCAGGAAAUGUAGGACUAGAAAAGGCAUUGGACUUGUAUGUUUGUUCGCAAAGUGAUGUGUUUGUGCCUGCAAUUUCUGGCAUGUUUUAUGGAAGUGUCGCAGGCAAAAGAAUAGCUUCUGGUAGGAGUCAAAUUCUUGUUCCUGCUCAAAUCUCUGGCUCAUCUGCUUCAGCGUCGGAUUUCAUAUCAUCCUACGUUACCAUGAAGAAUCAUUUGGCUUAUUCUUGUUACUGUUGAUUUCUUGUUUAUCAGAACUGCCACAAAUUGUUCAUGGUAUUUCUGUGCUUUUAAAGAACAUGAUCUUGUAUGCUAUGCAUCAAAUUUCUGAAAGUAUAAAUUUCUAUUGUAUCAUUAUCAAGUGUCAA